UUCUGCUGGGGAGAUAAACUACAACCCUUUACAUGUCCUUAUCCUCAAAUAAGCAGUGGCCAUGAUUUCUUCAGUUUCCAAUACCCUUCACAUACUAAAAAGGACACUGUCUGCAACUGCAGGACCCAGCGCAGACAAGUGGAGGAUAAACUGCUAUAUGCACAUGGGAUGGAGCAGGUCCAUGGCAACAAUUAUCUCAGGAACCAAACUUGCCAAAGAAAUACACAAAGAAGUCCAGAAAGAGGUAGAAUGCUGGCUGACACUUGGAAACAAAAGACCUCAUCUCAGUGUGAUCCUGGUGGGAGAAAGCCCUGCAAGCCACACCUAUGUUAAGAAUAAGAUCAAAGCCGCAAACUUUGUAGGCAUCUCAAAUGAAGUUAUACAAAGACCCAGUAAUGUUUCUCAGGAAGAACUAUUGAAAGUUAUAGCAAAGUUAAACAAUGAAUCCAGUGUUAGUGGGCUGCUGGUACAGUUACCUUUGCCAGAUCACAUCAAUGAGCGAGCAGUAUGCAAUGCUGUUGCACCAGAAAAAGAUGUUGAUGGUUUCCACAUUGUAAAUAUUGGAAGACUUUGCCUGGACCAGAAUUCCAUCAUCCCUGCCACUGCUGGGGCAGUCUGGGAAAUUAUUAAAAGAACAGGGAUAGAAACAUUUGGGAAAAAUGUAGUAGUUGCCGGAAGAUCUAAGAAUGUGGGCAUGCCAAUAUCAAUGCUGCUGCACACGGACGGGAAACAUGAGAGACCUGGAGGUGAUGCUACAGUGACAAUUACUCAUAGGUAUACCCCAAAAGACCUUCUGAAGAGACACACACAGCUAGCAGAUAUUGUAAUCGUAGCUGCAGGUAUUCCAAAAUUAAUCACAGCUGACAUGAUUAAAGAAGGUGCUGCUAUAAUUGAUGUGGGGAUUAAUCAUAUAGAUGAUCCAAUUACAGGAAGACCAAUGUUAGUUGGUGACGUGGAUUUUGAAGGGGUAAAGGAAAAGGCGGGUUUUAUCACACCCGUCCCAGGAGGUGUAGGACCAAUGACAGUUGCCAUGCUUUUGAAGAACACCCUGAUGGCAGCUAAAAAGCUUAUUUACUAGAAUGGAUAACAAAUUCCCCAUCUACAGUAGCACAUUUUAUGCAAACAACCACAUUUAAAAAAAUAAUUUAUUCUAUAGCAGUGGUUCUCUGUUUAAAUCAGUAAGCAUGCAAUUGUUGUAUCCGUAUAAUUUAUUAACAUUUAUUUCAUUU